CGCAAAAGCUAUGAAAUAUUCAAGCGACGAUAUGGGACGUCUAAUUGCAUAUAUGCAACAACGGUAAGCAUUGACCUGGAAGAUGGGUAUCAAAACUCGUUGGCCCGCAUAACGCAAAAAUUUCGAAUGGAUAUGGACGGACAGGAAGCAGCACAUCCGGAGACCACGAUUCGGCAAUCGUUUGAAGCAUAUGUCGGCCUUGCGGACGCGCUGAGACCACUCCGCACCGAAUUUAUCCAAUCGAUGAAAUCUCAGCUUCUCGUUUUGGUACAACUGAAAGAAAAGCAAGAUCGUAGGAGGAGAAUGCACAAGAAAAAUAUGUACAAUGUGAACACGCAGUACAUGCAAACGCGUCUGCGUGAUUUACCUGCGGCACAGGAAGCGUAUACACAAAAAUGGGAGGAAAUCGAUCGAGCCGUGAACGCGUCCAAUACGAGCAACGGAUCGGGAGCUGGACCUACCGCACCCACCACGGCUUCACCGACGCCAUCUUCGCCCGCCGUGCAAAACUUUUUCCCGAAAUUAGCUACUUCUUCCAGCACUAGCACCGUUUCUACGGUCAAGUCACAAGCGUCUGUGGCCUCCACUGAUACGACCUCUGAAUCUGUGCCACAAGCAUCCCAUGCCGAAGACGGUCGACCGAAAAUCCCUCCUCUUUCCUUGGCCACGGUCGCCUCGGCUAUCAAGAAUGAGAAUGCCGUCCCGCCGUCACCUCAGAAACGGAUCGAACGCUUUAUGAAACAGUUUGCUCACUUGACCAACAACGGCGACGGAAAUAAACACAAUACAAAGAUUGCCCAUCUCAAAGUGGAAGCCGCAGAAGCAGACGACGUAUAUCGAAAAACAGUGCGCACGUUGGAUAUGCUGUCCAAAAAACAGGCAGUGGCCAACGAAUUUGCUUUUAAUACCCUUCAAGCCCAGUUGUUGGAGAAAUCGCAACAGGUGAAAAAAGCAUUGCAAGUUGCCACGUCCGCAGAGAUGCUUCACCUCUCAAAGACAGAAGAGGUCAUCAAAAAUCUGCAAGCGACUCUAUCCGAAGCUGAUCCCGAAAAGGAUGCUCAAGUGUACAACCAGUUGCUGGCCAAGGAUCAGUUUGCUUCUCCCCCGGAUGUCUUUUACAUUAACCAUCAGGCGGGAAAAUGCAAAGAUUUAUUGUUCGGUAUAUCGUUGACAGAAUAUGCACAACAGUACGAACGAUCACCUCCUCUCAUUGUGACCAAAUGUAUUGAAGCCAUUGAACGACUGGGAGGAUUGGAAAAGGAAGGCAUCUAUCGUGUCUCGGGUAAAAGCAGUAACCUGGAGAAGAUCAAGCAAGCUUUUGAACGGGACGAAGCAGCAUUGGUAUUUGGCCAAGAUGGUGUGCCAGACGAUGUUUUAAGCAUCAGCUCCAUUCUCAAGAUCUUUUUACGUGAGCUGUCGUCACCUCUGUUUCCUUUUACGUUAUCGGAUCGGAUUGUUUAUUCGCAAAUUCCUGAUAAAGAAUUGCGUUUAAUGAAUCUCUUGACACGAAUCCUAAAAUUACCGGCUGCCAAUUAUGACACGCUGAAAGCGGUGAUCCAUCAUCUUUCCAAAUUAGAAGCUCAUUUGGAAAAAAACAAGAUGACCAUGAAAAAUCUUUCCUUGAUAUUUACUCCUGCCAUAUUCCAAGACCACAACCGUACCCAACGAUCGCCGGGAGAAUGGUAUGCGGACUGCGUACUAGAGGAUCUUUUGGUGAAUUACGAGACACUCUUCACCGGUCAGGAUUUACGUGGGGCGUCGGCUAUCACGGGUGGAAUUGAGUAUGGAUUUGAACAUCUCAACGACAAUGAUGAUGACUCUUAUGCGUUCAGCUUGUAUACACCGUCGAGUCCACCCUUUGAGGAUUAUUCGCCCACUGGAUCAGAAGACGGUAAAAUGGCGACCUUCACUGAUACAUCCGACACGGCCGACACUCCGACUUUGGGAAUCCACUCUUCACCCGACACACCUUCUCCUUCUGCCCCAUCGCAGAACGAAACGCCUGAACUGUCAGUGACAGAUCGCCUGCGCAAAUUUAGAUCGGUCUCGCAGGAUCGAGGCCUCACUGUGAAUACGCACGUGUCACAAGAACUGAGCGAAAGAGGAAUUGCAAUCUCACCAGCAGGCUAUGAGAAUAACUUGCAGCACAGCAGCCACGAUGAUCAGGUGAAGACACCGGCCGUGAUGAGCGCUACCGUGCCGAGUUUCAGCUGGCUAUCCGAGGACCCCAAAAACAUCUUCCCUCCUACACCGCGGCUACAAAGAUCCUUGACCACCGCUCGCAAAACAUCCCCAAGACGAAGACCGACCGUGGCCGGUGGUGAAAUUUCUCGUUCCAAGCAUAAAGUCUAACUUUUUUUACUCCGAUCUCAUAUACUAAUCAUUUUAUCUUUAUAUCAUCCGUACUCCUUACCAACUCAUUUUCAAACAUACGCAUUACAUGUCUAUAUUGUAUUUUUACUGU